GGAGCGCGGUGUGCGGAGCCCCUCGGUAGGUCGAGCUGGCUCCGUCCGCGCAGGGCUCCCGUGGAGCCGUCGGGAGCGCGGAUGGGUCGUCCCGGCGCGGCUGUGUGACAGCGAUCGCGGAGCGGCGAGGCAAGAGCUGGGGGCUCCGGGAAAGGCGUGAGGUCUUAAUGAAAUAGCAAUCAAAGAAACAGACAGAACUUCAGUAUGGCUUUCCACGCAGAGGGACUGGUGGCCAUAAUUGUAUUCUACCUGGCUAUACUGGCGGUUGGAAUAUGGGCUGCUUGGAAAACCAAGAACACUGGCAGUGAAGGAGAUCGCAGCGAAGCUAUUAUAGUCGGUGGAAGAGACAUUGGCUUGCUAGUUGGUGGAUUUACAAUGACUGCCACUUGGGUUGGAGGAGGUUAUAUCAACGGGACAGCAGAAGCUGUGUAUGUCCCAGGCUAUGGUCUAGCUUGGGCUCAGGCACCUAUUGGAUAUUCCCUUAGUCUGAUUUUAGGUGGCCUUUUUUUUGCAAAACCUAUGCGAUCCAAAGGCUAUGUGACAAUGCUAGACCCCUUUCAGCAGCUUUAUGGAAAAAGGAUGGGAGGGCUACUGUUUAUUCCAGCUUUAAUGGGAGAAAUGUUUUGGGCUGCUGCCAUCUUCUCUGCCUUAGGCGCCACUAUAAGUGUGAUCAUUGACGUUAACAUCAAUAUUUCAGUCAUUAUUUCUGCCCUGAUUGCAACUAUGUACACGCUUGUGGGAGGGCUUUAUUCUGUGGCCUAUACUGAUGUAGUUCAGCUCUUCUGCAUCUUCCUGGGACUGUGGAUCAGCGUACCCUUUGCAAUGUCCCAUCCCGCAGUGACAGACAUUGGGCUCACGGCUGUGCACCAUGUGCACCAAGCACCUUGGCUUGGAUCUAUCAACUCACUUGACAUUUACACAUGGCUGGACAAUUUCCUUUUACUGAUGUUAGGAGGAAUCCCAUGGCAAGCUUAUUUCCAGCGAGUUCUCUCCUCAUCUUCUGCCACAUAUGCUCAAGUUUUAUCAUUUCUGGCUGCUUUUGGCUGUCUCGUGAUGGCUCUUCCUGCAAUACUCAUUGGUGCAAUUGGAGCAUCUACAGCCUGGAAUGAGACUGAAUAUGGUGUCCCUGAUCCUAUGACUAAAAAAGAAGCAGAUAUGAUUUUACCGAUCGUGCUCCAGUAUCUUUGCCCAGUCUAUAUCUCAUUCUUUGGCCUCGGUGCAGUAUCUGCUGCUGUGAUGUCAUCAGCUGACUCUUCAAUUUUAUCAGCAAGUUCCAUGUUUGCUCGGAACAUUUACCAGCUUUCCUUUCGGCAAAAUGCUUCAGACAGAGAACUCGUGUGGGUCAUGAGAAUCACUGUUUUUCUUUUUGGAGCAUCAGCAACGGCAAUGGCACUGCUAGCUUCAUCUGUCUAUGGCCUGUGGUACCUCAGCUCUGACCUUGUCUAUAUCAUCAUAUUCCCCCAGCUCUUGUGUGUGUUAUUUAUUAAAGGAACCAAUACCUAUGGUGCCAUUGCAGGAUACUUAUUUGGCCUUGUUCUAAGAAUAACUGGAGGAGAACCAUACCUCUACCUUCAGCCCCUGAUCUACUACCCUGGCUGCUAUCCAGAUGAAAAUAAUAUCUAUAUUCAGCGAUUCCCAUUCAAAACACUUGCUAUGCUUACAUCCUUCUUUACUAACAUUAUAGUGUCCUAUUUAGCCAAAUACUUAUUUGAGAGUGGGACUUUGCCACCAAAGCUGGACUUCCUUGAUGCUGUUGUUGCCAGGUACAGUAGAGAACACAUGGACAAAGCAACUCUUGUAAAAAGUGACAAUAUUGUGUUAAACGAACUUGCACCUGUGAAUCCACGACACAGUCUAACUUUGAGCUCAACGUUCACAAACAAGGAAGCCUUCAAUUACGUUGAUUCGAGUCCAGAGAUGUCCAACGCUGAAGACAAUUAACAAAUCUGGUAGCCCCAGGCAAAACAACACAAAGCAGGAUAUUCCACAAACAAUAGUAAGAGGCAUUUUAUCAGAAGAAAAGCAAGAACUGGGAAUAAAAUGCCACUGCACAACUCUUUAAGUUGUUUCUAGGAGCAGUACCAUACCAUGGGAGGAACCUUCUUCUGCUAUUAGCUAACAUGUUGGAUUAGAUCAUAGUGUGUUUAUCAAAAGAUAUACUCUGACACAUUCUUUCCACACAAAAUUAUAUACUGUUUAAUUAAAAAAAAAAAGAAAUUUACAAUUGAAAAUAUAUGUAGCAGAAAAAGGGCAAGUUAUAUAGCUAGGACAUGGAGUGAAGAGAUUAUAAUACAGACACUCUGAAAUACUGUCAGUCACAACAUUUUAUUGGCAUUAAGUGAAAAUGUAUUGUCACAGUUAUAAGUGAUUUAUUACUAAAGAGCUAACUGCUUGAGCAAAGACAGAUAACCUCCCUGGGGUUUUGGACUGGCCA